UCUUCCUGACUGUUGAUUAGCUGUUUUCGUAUAAGGAACCAUUGCUGGGUGAGGAAGGUGACUUCUAGUCAUGGAUAAGUCUACUGCCACUCAAAAGAUCUGAAAUCACUCGAUCCUCUCAGGGAGCACAUUUUGCAGUUCAGGAGUAAAAAAAUGGGAUGUAGCUGCAGUUCAGAGUAUUCAGACAACGAUGACUGGAUUGAGAAUUUGGAUGAAGUGGACAUCUGCGAACGCUGCAACUGUCCAAUUCAACCCACGUCGAGCAAUACGUACACAGAAAAGCUGAUCCCAUACUCAUCGCCGCAGUCACCUUGUGCAGUCCCGUUAUCAGACAACCUUGUGGUGGCCAUAUACAGUUAUGAACCCAUGCACAAAGAUGACCUGGGCUUUGAGAAGGGAGACAAACUCCAGAUCCUCGACAAGGAAAACCCAGAGUGGUACAUGGCAGAGUCUCUCACCACUGGCCAGAAAGGCUUUGUCCCAGCCAACUUCAUUGCCACCAUGAACACGGCGGAGACUGAGCCAUGGUUCUUCAAGAACCUCUCCAGAAACGAUGCCAUGAGGCUCCUCCUGGCCCCCGGGAACACACAGGGCUCUUUCCUCAUCCGCGAGAGUGAAACAACUCCAGGCUCAUUCUCCUUAUCGGUGAGGGACUUGGACCACAACGUUGGCGAUACAGUCAAGCACUACAGAAUCCGCAACAUGGACAAUGGUGGCUUUUACAUCACAGCCAAGAUCUCCUUCAACACCCUGAAGGAGCUCGUCCAGCACCAUUCACGUGAUGCGGAUGGGUUGUGCACGAAACUGAUGAAGCCGUGCCAGUCAAGGGCGCCCCAGAAGCCCUGGUGGCAGGACGAGUGGGAGAUCCCUCGUGAAUCCCUGAAACUGGAGCGCAGGCUCGGAGCGGGCCAGUUCGGAGAAGUCUGGAUGGGCGUCUACAACAAUGACAGGAAGGUGGCCAUUAAGAAUCUAAAACUCGGCACCAUGUCGGUGGAGGCCUUUUUGGCAGAGGCGAACAUCAUGAAGAACUUGCAGCAUCUUCGCCUCGUCCGCCUGUUCGCCGUUGUUACCCAGGAGCCCAUCUAUAUCAUCACAGAGUACAUGGAGAACGGUAGUCUGGUGGAUUAUCUCAAAACGACAGAAGGGGGCAGUUUGCCAAUGAACACCCUCAUAGACAUGGCCUCUCAGGUGGCAGAUGGCAUGGCCUUCAUUGAGCAGAAAAACUACAUUCACCGAGACCUGCGAGCUGCCAACAUUCUGGUGUCUCACGAACUUAUCUGUAAAGUUGCUGACUUUGGACUUGCAAGACUCAUUGAAGACAAUGAAUACACAGCCAGAGAGGGUGCUAAAUUCCCCAUCAAGUGGACUGCUCCUGAGGCGAUCAAUUAUGGCACCUUCUCCAUAAAGUCUGAUGUGUGGUCGUUUGGGAUCCUCCUGACAGAAAUAGUGACGUAUGGCCGCAUACCUUAUCCUGGCAUGUCUAACCCAGAGGUCAUUCAGAAUUUGGAGCGGGGCUACCGAAUGCCACGGCCAGAGAACUGCAUUGAGGGGCUCUAUAACAUCAUGUGUCUGUGCUGGAGGGAGAACCCAGAGGACCGGCCCACCUUUGAGUACCUGAGGAGUGUUCUGGAGGAUUUCUUCACUGCCACAGAGGGGCAGUACCAGGAGCAGCCCUGCUGAGAUAGAAUAGCAGAAAGAUAAACCAAGUAAGGGACAGCCUGUGAAUGAACGAAUAAAGACACUGUAUAUUGUGCUGAUUAACGAUGAGUAGAUGUGUGAAACGCGAAAGAGUACAAACUCGAGUUUUCCCCAGCAAGAAUGCUUUGCUUCUGUUGUUUCUGUGGUGGCUUCUUAAACAUCACAAAGUCUCGUGUGCAACGUAGAUACCCAAAAGCACAGUCAAAGGCAUUACUGUAAGAACUGAGUAAACUGAUUUACUUGAGUUACAUCUGGAUCGCGACAGGCGAGAAGAAAGAAGAGAAUGAGCACCGUAUAAGAAUACAGAAGACUGUAUUAAAGCCGUAUCGUGAAUAAAUAAAUAAAUAGAUAAAUUAAUGAGUGAAUGAAUAAAUAAAUAAAUUAAUAAAUGAGGUUUAAUUAAAUUACAAUAAUAUUAGAUAUUGUUGGGUUGUGCAAGAACGAAUGAUUGUGUCGCUCUCCUGGUAUCCGGGUAUUAUGUAUGGUAGUGUUUCCCAACCCACCCCUCAAGGAAUCCCUAUCCUGCAGAUUUUCUUUGCAACCCUGAAUAGGUACCUGUUUGUAGUUAUUCAACCAAUCAGCAGGGAAUUAUUUCAGACGUUGCACACCUUGCAUAUAAUUAAGUGCCGUAAGAUGAUCGGUUGAGUAAGUACAAACAGGGCUACCUACGCAGGGUUUCAGUGAAAAUCUGCAGGAUAGGGUGUCCCUUGAGGACUGGGUUGGGAAACGCUGAUGGUACUUAAGAUGUAAAUACAUUCCACAUGUUUCGGCUAUGUUUUUAUGUGCAAAAUGCAUUUUAAUAAAA